CAUCAAAGCUAUUCAGUAAUCAUCAACGAACAGAUAAGAACAAAUGCUUUUCUUUUUUUCUAAUUCUCAACAGGGCAAAGAAACGAAACCCAAGACCAUCGACCUCUACGACGUUAUCAGUUAUCGCCUUGACAUGUACAAAAAUCCUAACGGUUCUCAAGCAUUCCCUGCUAGAACAUGCAGAGAUCUCCACAUGAGCUAUCCAAACCUUAUAAGUGGGAUCUAUUGGAUUGAUCCGAACGGAGGCAUUGCCCAUGAUGCCAUCAAGGUUUAUUGUGAAUUUCAUACUAACGCUUCUUGCCUGUACCCCGGAGAAGAAAGUCAGCCUUAUGUGACGGAUAAAAAGAAGUGGUUUAGCGGAGGUGAUGGAUACAAAUGGUUGGGAAAGGAGCUAUCUGGACUUAACAAGCUCGAAUAUGUAUCAGACUUCAGCCAACUGGAAUUUCUCCAACUCUUAAGUGACCGUGCCCGUCAGCAGAUUACGUAUCAUUGUAAAAACUCGGUAGCAUGGCCUGAUGGUAGCUCUGAUGACGCCGCAAAGUCCAUCAAAAUGUUAACCAUCAACGGACUUGAGCUACACGCAAAGUCGUCCAACAAAUUUAAGCCCAAGCUUCUCGGGGAUGACUGCAAGAUAAAGGACGGAUCUUGGCAUCGCACAACCUUGGAAGUGGACACGCCGAAACCCCACCGCCUCCCUGUACUUGAUGUGGCCGUGUAUGAUAUUGGAGACACUGGUGAAGAAUUCGGUCUUGAAUUUGGACGUGUAUGCUUCUCUUGAUUGAAAAAAGUACAGAAAAUUAAAACUUAAGACUAGUCGUAAGUUAUUAAGUUCGAAAGAGAUCUACGAACAUUUCACAAGCCAUA